GGGUAUAUUAUCAUAAAAAACUAAAUGUACUUGUAAACCUAAUGCGGGCGCGUCAUCAAUAUGCGACGCCGCUUCUAAAACACGUAAUUACAAAGCAGGUUGGUUUUUGUUGUGUCCACCAGAAGCCUCACCAAAAUGGAUAAAAAACUAGAAACGGACAACCUGGAAAUGCGUCUUCAGGCGGUGGAAAGUCGUAUAUACGGCGAAAGAAGAAACAAAAGUGGAAAACCCGUCAAGUGUGCUGAGUCUUUGGCUAGGAUCCAGGCAGGUCUGACCAAUACGGCCAACAAGAGAGAACGAGUAAAGAUCCUGCACAAGAAGAUUGAGGACCUGCUGAAGUACCUGGACCCCCAGUUCACUGACCACAUCACUGUCCCUGACGCCAUGAAGCUGGAGUUCAUUCUUGCUGAGGAGGACUUUCUUCUUUCCCAGGCAGCUUUGCUGGAGCAGGUCAGCAACAUGCAGCCACUGCUGGACAGCACCUACAUCAGAGAUGUACCAGAACACGCCACCAAGCUCCAGCGCCUGUCACAGAUUCACAUCAAAGAGCAGGACCAAACUGAGGCACAAUGCCAGGAAGUAAAGAAGCUGUUUGAGGAAUACAACAAAAUGAUGUUCCUGCUGUCCAAGCAGUUCACCCAGUGGGACGAGACCCUGAGGAAGCUGGAGGAGGCCAAGGGCAUUCGGCCUGUCGAGUAGCUACUGUCAACACACAAACACUUCUUAAGAGGAUGGUGAUGAUGAAGAAAACUGCACUGUGGUGGGGGCUUUACAUCAGGCGUGUUCCUUAUGGAGCUUGUUCUUCUCCAAUAAGUCAGAACAAAAGUAUCACAACAUUUCACUUUUUUCCAACUGUUUAUCAGUUUGUAGCCAUAAUUUCCCCAUUGCACUGUAUUGUUGGUUUAAGAAAAUUCUCCAAACAAUCUUGCUUAAAACAUAGUUGUUCAAAAAACUAGGGGUUCAAUAUGCAGUGAUGGAGGAAAACGUAGUACAUAUUAAUAACUACUACACUCUGUAAAGAAUUACUGCACAUGGGUGGAUCUACCACAUAAACUGACCUAUUUCAUAAGAUUAAGAAAUGAAAGAUGUUUGAUGUAUGUGGUACAGUGUCUGGUGCAGUAGUUAGACUUUUGUGUUAACCAGCUGAUAAUCCUGUUGCCCAAACAUUAUCAAUAGCACUGUACCAUUCAUCCAAACAAAGCCCCAUAGUAAGACUGGAAUUUAAGGACUAGUGGAAAUGUAAAAUGUAAAGGAACUUGUUCUCAUGUGACUCUUCAUCAGUCGUUUGGAGGAACUUGCUCCCACCAUGUGAUGUGUGGCUCAGACAGCUGGGAGAAGCUGCUGUUAUUUAUUUUCAGACAAUAGAGCUUUUUAUGCUUGCAUAUUGACUCAACUUGUAACACAUUCCCACACUGCCUCCUUGCUGCAAGCCAGUCACAAGACUUGUUGCCCUGCAUCCUGACAUGAUUUGUAAAAAAUCUAAUUAUCUUCAUUAUUCCUUCCAAUAUUCUGGUUUUAAAAUGUACUAUAUGUAUUGUGUCAUACAUUGUGACUGCGGUUAUUACAAUAAAUAAUACUUUUUUCUUCGCA